GAAACAUCCGCGACCCUACAUUUUGACAUUUUCACUGGCCACUGUUGUAAACAAACAUUAUUAUUAUUUUUGAUGUUUGAUGUUGAUUCCGGUAAUACUAUAUUAUUUAUCUAUGGUUGAUGGUGAUGUUGUGGUUAAGUGUUAAUCAUAGAUGUUAAGUUAGUUAAAGCGUUUUAAAAAAAAGGAUUAUUAAUUAAUUAUUAUUAUGAUAUCUAUACGAAAAGGAGCAGCGAAGCGGUGUCGUUAUGGAAAAUGUAAGAAUGAUACACGCUAUAAAUCAGAUAACGACGAUACCUAUUAUUUUAUAAGUUUUCCAAAGCCUUGUCUGGAAUAUCGUAAAAAAAGGAUUAAAAUAUCGGCUGAAGAACAUAUUAAAAGAUGCUCAAAAUGUACGAAAUGUAAUUUGUGGGUAAAAAAUUGUGGCCGCAAAGGUUUUAGGUCGAUUGAUAAUGUUACUAAAGACACUUAUAUUUGUUCACUACAUUUUUAUGGAGAAAGUGGUCCAACAGACAUGAAUCCAGAUCCUUUAAUUCAUCAAGAAGUUCAAGAAAUUGAUAAAUCAAAUGGUAAAGUAAUGAAGAAGUAUUGUGGAGAAAGUGGUCCAACAAAAAUGAAUCCAGACCGUUUAAGUUAUCAAAACGUUCCAGAAAUUAUAUAUAUAAAAGUUGAAAUGGAAGAGCAAAAUGAACCCCAAAAAACUGAUACAAACAACAUUGCCACCAUUCAGCAGGUAUCGACUGCUCAUAAAGGGGUUGAUAUUUUUGAUAAGAAGCCUAGCUUCAUUCAAGAAAAAAUGUUACCAUAUCAAUCAUCAGAGAUGAAUACAGUAAGCGGAGACACAAACAAUGAAGGAAUUAACAAAUCUACAAGAACAAUAGAAAUUCAAACUGAUUCUACAAGGAUGUGUAAUAAACUACUUCAGGUGACAACAGAGAAGUUACAGAAAAAUUCAGCCCUGGAAAAUUUUUUAAUUUCUGUUCGUAAUGAUAAAAAAAAAUGUGUUUUCUAUACAGGUUUUAGUUUUGAACAAAUACAAGAUUUGCAUAGAUUUUUGAGUCCAGCUUGUGAAAAUUUAAAUUAUGUGCGUAUCCGAAAGGUAAAUAAUGGUAGUCCAAGAAACGAUAAAUACAAAUUAACAUCAAUGCAGCAAUUGCUUUUAGUGUUAUUGAGACUGCGCAUGGGAUAUCUAAUAGAAGAUUUAGCUUAUCAGUUCGAUAUAUCUGUGGGAUUAGUUUCGCAAAUAUGUACAAUUUGGAUUAAUUUUUUGUAUUUUGAAUUUAGUACUCGACUGGACCCAUUAAUACUUCCAUCUAUUAAUAUACCUGAAACAUUACCAAAUGAUAAGACAUUACCAAAUAUGUUUCAGUCUGUUAAAAAUAUAAAAGUUACUGUAACGAAAUUUAGACUUCUUCAAACAAUUCUACCUGUGAAAAAGCAGAAUAAGCUUGCCAUCACACAGCAAAUUGUCUUUGUAUGUUCAUGCUUGGUCAACUUUCAAGCACCUAUAGUUAAUACAGUCAACUCCCAUUUAUCCGUGGGGUUGAGUGGCAAUGUUGUCAUGGAUAACGAAAAUUGCGGAUAAGCCAUAACUGGAAGUCAAAUACAUAAAUACAAAAAAUAAAAAUGUAGUUUGAUCUAAAGCUUUAAUUUACAAUUUUCAAUGUGUAUGUACAUUUUUACAGUUUUUAAAAGUAGUCUGUCACUUGUUUCUGCUUCUUUGAGUGGAAAACGUGUUUCUUUAUUCUACAUUACACUUUCAGUUUUUCAGAGACUAGCGCAUCGUCCUACUCCUUUAGGCUUAGGUGUUCUAGAAGUUCAUUCACGUGACACAAAGCUGCAUGACUUCACAAUAAUUGUUGAAGACUUUGCAGACUCCCACGCAGAUGCGAUUUGACAAAUAGAGUCGAGAAUAAUGAAUGACUUCCAAAACUCCUUUAAGUCAUUUUCUUCUUCAAUUUUUGAGCGAAGUAACUUUUUUCUGUAGUUUGACGCCAUAAACAGUAGUGUUUGGGGGCAAAUAUUUUUCCGUCAGCAGACUUAAGCAUAUGCGUUUUAAGAUGUGAAGGGGCGUUGUCAAUCAAAAACACACUAUCCAUCCUUUCCUGUGGUUGGAGUAAUCAAUAGGUAGUUUUUCUGUUUUAGUGCGCUUAAAAGACCUAGGUUUUUUGUCUUGCCAAUCCCUCGGUAGUAAUCAACAGGUAGUUUUUCUGCUAUAGUGCCCUGAAGAGAUCUAGGUUUUCUUGCCUUCCCAAUCACGGUCAACUUAAGUUUGUGACUUCCUGUAGCGUUAUUGCAGGAUAUGAUCGUGGUCGGUUCUUUGCUGGAUUUAUCGUUCCCUCGUUUACCUUUCAAAAGCCAUCAUCCGAGUUGGAAGGCAUUACCAGAAGAAGUCCGAUUUGUCUGCGUUAUAAAUUUGUGUUUGUAGCUUAAGGCGCGUUUUCACGGUACACUUUGGAUGACCAUCCCGGAUGAAUCAUCCAAAGUGAUUGCGACGAUGAAACUAAUUAUCGUUUACAUGGAUCACCAAGACUGAAUUAGUCUGUUCACUUACAAAUGGCACCGACUGCAGUUGUACGUGCUGGAAUUGGCAUAAUAAGUGAAUAUCUUUUAAAUUAACUUAGACAUGUACCAGAAGAUUAGAAGAAAACGACGUUGGUGGGUAAAGCCGUGGAAAAAUCAACGCUACAAAAUGGGGGCGUCAACGUGUUUGUUAAAGGAAUGGUCUACAGAAGAUCAAGCCAUGUUAAAAAAACUACCUAAAAACGUACAAACACAACAACUACACACUUUAAAGCGACAAUAAACAUUCACAUGGACCUGUUUCUGCUAUUCACUACUCACUGCCGAUGAAUCACAACAAUAAAUGCAUGUUUACAUGGUUCACUUUGGAUGAUUCAUCCGCGAUCAAUCCUCUAAAGCAGUGGUGCUCAAAGUCGAUCGUCAGAGUCGAUCGCGAUCGACCGGUCGAUCGCCAAAGUUUUUGAAGUCGAUCGCGAUUCUCGGAAAAAUACAAAUGGAAAAGUUAUUAUGUCUGCUAUCAAAGAAGUACUGUUGUAACGUCCAACGGUUACUAUCAUGCGGCUAUCUCCGCAAUGUUCAAUACUUAACGUGAAACGCUCUAUAGACGUAUCUAAAUCAUGGGAAAGAUUUGGAAAGCAAAGUUAAAAGUGAUACUAUGAAGUGUAUAAUAUACUUUUCUUUGCAAUUUGACGACUCAACUGAUAUUAAUAAUACCGCCCAGUUGUUAUUUUUAUUCGGAUGGUAUUUUCUGAUAUGUUGGCUAAAGAAGAAUUGUUAACAAUGCAUCUGAAAGAAAAAAUUUGCGGAGAAGAUAUAUACAACGUUUUGUUUUUUAAUUUUGUAAAAUAAUAGGAGCUACCGAUUUACAAACUAGUAUGUGUUACAACAGAUGGUGCACCAUCCAUGACUGGCAUUAACAAUGGAUGUGUUGCACUGUGUCGAGCUAACGAUGACUUUCCAUCGUUCACCACCAAUUUUUGUUUUCCAAAAUUUUAAAUAUGAAAGACGUCAUGAAGAUGACAACAAAAAUUGUGAAUUCAAUCAGGGCGCGAAGCUUGCAACGACGUCUUUUUAAAGCGCAAUUGAAAGCUAGCGACUCUGCGGAACACACUGAUUUACUUUUGCAUACAGAUGUGAGGUGGUUGAGACGUGGAAAAUUUUUAGAUAUGUUCCAGGAGUUACUUUUCGAAAUAAUUUGUUUUCUAGAAGAACGAGGGAACGACGCUCAUCUACUUCAAAACCAAAAAAUGGCUGUGAUCUGGCUUUCGUAACAGAUUUAGCAAAUUAUUUGAACCUCUUUAAUUUGGAACUACAGGAUAAAAAUAAAACAAUUAUUAUCGAUGUGAUGUACACAGUACCUACAUUCUUUUAUCGACAAAUUGAAAUUAUUGAUUAAUCAAAUGAACAGAAAGGAUUUAAACAACUUUCCAUCGUUGAUAUUUAUGUCUAAUCAAUUUUCUUGUGAAGAGAUGAAAAAAAUUGCCACUGAAAUCUCCAUUACUUUCAAUUAGAUUCAAUCAGCUAAUUUCCGUCCAAAAUGAGGUACUGAAAAUAAUGUCGGAUAUAUAUCUUCAAUCCAGAGUGACCAAUACGAAAUUUGUUUGCCUUUUAUAUCGCCAGACGAAUAUCCGUCUUUGAGGCAAGUAGCUCUGCAAUUCACAACAUUAUUGGAUCAACAUACUUGUGUCAGUCUGCAUUUCCCCAAAUUAAGGUAGUAAAAUCAAAGUAUCGUAAUCGGCAAACUGAUUUUGGUAAUCAUUUUCGUAAUCAUUUUUGGUCCUCGGUAAUUACGUACCAUCAUAAUAUGAAGAACGUGUGCAUGAUACGCAGUGCCAUGCAUCAACAUCCAAAAAUAAAAUUAAGAUGAAAAACAUGAUUUUAAUUACGACUCUCUGUAAUUACAACUUUUUAUCAAAUAGAAAUGUGCAAUAAAAAAUUGUUUUUUUUUACUAUCAUUCGAUCGUUGGAAGCUUGAAGUUUAUGUGGUAGAUCCCACGCAGUAUAAGUCUGAGCACCACUGCUCUAAAGUGAACAAAAGUAGAACUCGGUUCAACUUCGUUCAAUAUUCAUUUUGAAUGAUCAUUUAUGAUGAUUAAUAGUUUACACAAUUCAUUUAUUUUUCACUUUGGAUGAUUCAUCCGAGAUGAUCAUCUAAAGUGUACCGUGAAAACGCGCCUUUAGAUCAGUUGAAUCAGAAAGAAACUCUUCGAACUCACUUUUAAAUUCCUCAGCUCCCUAUUAAUCACCACUGAGCUUCUCUCCAUGAAGUCCUAUCUCCUUUAUCCCAUAGCAUUGCUUAAAGCGAGUCAACCACCCAGAUGAUGCAUCAAAUCUCCUUCUACGCCCAACACGUCAAAAAACUGUUUUGCUUUGACAGCAAUUUCAGUGACAGUGUCAUUAGCCUAUCUGUCUUGUUUUUAUUUGGUUUUAUAAAUCAAUAAAGUUUCAUUUAUUUAUCAAUAAAAGUUUAUUUGGUUUUAUAUUUAGGUAUAAAAAAUAAAUAUAUUUCAGUUAAAUAAAGGAACAGUUGCAAUUCUGGGUUUUGGGUCCCAAGAUAAAGAUGACUACUUAUUAGUAAUCUAUCGUAGUGUUAAUAAUUCAAUUUGUGAAAAAUUUGCAUUUGUAUCGCUGUUUCUAUGUAGGUGCGAUAAAUAAAAAAUAUUGAUUAUUUCUUUAUAUAAUUCACUCGAUAGUUUUGUGUUUCUCAACCUUAGGUAAUAUUAAAACAGUAUUAACUUUA